CUGACACCGUCAGCUUCGAAAAAUACUUACCGAUACCCUGGAAAGUCUGCAGCCUGAAGCACCUUUCAGGUUGUUCUAUGUGUCUGUUUCCCUCUUUAUGAAGUGGAAUGUACCAAAACCACAUCAAAGACACCAACAACAACUGUAACAAGAGUCUGCUCUGUGAUUACAAGGAAAAGCUUAUCCAGGCUAUAAAAAGAAUCAAGCACGAGGUAGACGAGUGCAGAGAAGCCGAGAGAGACACAUACAUAGAGGCAGUCGAAGUAGAGGAUAGCUUUGAUGCCCUGGAACGAGAAAUCCGUGCCGAGUUUCAGAACCUCCACCGUUUCCUGUAUGAGGAGGAGAGCAGGGACCUGGAGCGACUGAACAGGGAGAGACAGAAACAACUGAAGCAGCUGAAGGAAAGAGAGAAAAAGAUUGUGACGCAAGGCCGAGACCUGGAGAGAGCGAUCACAGUGCUGAAUGGCAAACUGGCAGAGGAGGACAGCCCUAAACUACUGAAAGUAAGGGAGUGUUUUAACUAA